AUGAACUAUAUUCAGCUUUAUAUUUAUUUUCACCUUUUUACGAUCAUAACGACACUUUUAUAUCCAUGUCAAUAUAUCGAUUCAAAUGAACAUAUAUUAAAAUGUGAUAUAUGUAAAUGUUUAUCAUCACCAUCAAUUUAUUUAACUUCAAAUCUUUGCUCAUUAACAUCAUCACUAACUUGUGUGAAUAACUCAAAUGAAGAAUUAUUACGUUCAAAACUUAAUGAAAUAACUCCAAUAUCUUUUCAAUUCGAAAAACAAAUUGAAUUUCAUAAUUUUAAUCAUGACAUAAGAAAUUAUGAGCAAUUAUGUUUCUUUAAAAAUUUUUCUCAAUUAACAUUUUUUAAUUUAAUAUUUAAUUUUUCAUCAAAUCAAAUACCAAAAUGUUUAUUAAGAAUUUCAUCAUUACGUUUUAUGAAUUCAUUUAUUGAAAAUCAUAAUUAUUUAUCGGAAAAAUUAAUUUUUUAUAAUACAACUUUCAAUAUAAUGCAUUUAAAUUUAAUUUCAACAAAAAUAUUAAUUUUUCAUUCAAUUAAAUUUUUAAUUAAACCAUUUGAAUUAAAUUCCUUAAUAUCAUUAACACAUUUAACUGUAACAUAUACAGAAGAUUAUAAUUUAAGUGGUUCAUUUCCACAUCUUUCCUAUCUUAAUUUAUGUCAUACAAAAUUAAAUGAUGAACAAUUAAAUAAUAUAUUCUCUCAAAUAAAUAUUCCAGAUUUAACAACAAUGAUAUUAUCAAAUAAUCAAUUAACAUUUAUAUCAAAUAAAUUUCCAUCAACAAUACGUUAUUUAGAUUUAUCAAAAAAUCAAAUUAAAUCUUUAGAUUAUUAUUCAUUUAAAUCAUUAUAUUCAUUAAAUAUAUUAAAUUUAAGUUAUAAUUCACCAUUAGAAAUACAACAAGAUACAUUUUCACGUAUACCUUAUUUAGAAAUACUUGAUUUAAGUUAUUCGUUACCAACAUUAUCUUUUGAUGAUUUAUUUUUACCAUUACAAAAACUUAGACAUUUAAAUAUUUCAGGAAAUUAUUUAGAUACAUUUCCACAUUUACCUACACCAUAUGAUGCACAUAGUAUUGAAAGUUAUGAUCAUCAUUUACCUGUUCUAUAUGUUGAUCUUUCGAAAAAUAUUUUCGAAAAAAUUGAUUUCGAAAUAUUUUCAUCAUCAUCAACACAAGAUAAAUAUAUUCUAUCACUUAAUAUGAAUUAUAAUCGUUUAAAAACAUUAAAAUUUCCAUCAAUAUUAUUAAAUGAUACAAAACGUCGUGGACCAUUUAUUGAAUUAGAUAUUAGUAAUAAUCCAUUAGAGUGUGAUUGUAACUUAUAUGAAAGUAUUUUGAAUUUAUAUCAAAAUAAUGCAUCAUAUCAAAAACAAACUACUUUAAAUUUGUCUCCAUUAUAUCAACAAACACCGCCAGCAGGUUUUUAUCCAUCUCAUUCUAAUCAUUAUAUUCGAUCUCGUCGUCAAUAUAAUCUUGUACAAAAAAUCUUUUCGUCUAAUGCUUUUGCUAAACAAACUCGUGUUAAAUUCUUAUAUCUUUCUAAUUUAAAAUGUAUCGAUAUGAUUGAAUCAUCAAUUCAUCGAUCUUUCUUUGAUAUCAAUUCAUCAAAUAGUUUUUGUUCAUAUACAAAAUCUUGUCCAUCAACAUGUUUAUGUUGUUCAACAUCAUUCUCAACAAAUAAUUGUGAUUGUUAUUUAAAUUGUCCAAAUGAAUGUUCAUGUAAACAUUCAUAUGAUUUAACAAAUAAUUAUGUUAAUUGUUCUAAUCGUCAAUUAAAUAAAAUUCCAUUAAAUAUUCCAUAUUCUACCACACAUCUUUAUUUAAAUCAUAAUAAAAUAAAAUUAAUUGAAAAUAAUUUAACAUAUUUAAAUAAUUUAAAAUAUCUUACAUUAGCAAAUAAUUAUUUAGAAUAUUUAUCAAAUAAUGAUUUUUCUACAAUGAUUAAUAUGGAACAUUUAGAUUUAUCAACAAAUCAUAUUCAAAAUAUUGAAUCAAAAACAUUUUCUAACAUGGUCAAUCUUAAGAAACUUUAUUUACAUAAUAAUUUAUGGAUACCAAAAUUUUAUAAUGGCAAUAGAGAAUUACAAUCGAAUAUACGUUUAAAUCUUUUAACAUAUGCGAAUGGUUUAUCGUGUAAUAGAUCAAUAAUAUUUUCAUCAUUUCUUAUUGAACGACCACUUACAGCUACAGACUGUUGUAAUUAUUCAAAUACAGAAUCAUGUCAAACAACAAUACUUAAUAUGAAUAGCAAAGUUCUUGCACAUGAUAUUAAUUCAACAACAUCAAAUCAUUUGUUGAAAAUAGGAUUUCAUUUAAAAUAUAUUCUUAUUAGUUUUAUUUUACUUAUAUUCAUAUUAAUAUGUAUUUUAACAUUAUAUAUUUAUCGUAAAAAACGUCUAUUGUUUUUCAAACAAAGGUAUUUAUCUAAUGGUGAUAUAAAAAAAGAAGUAAAUCAUUGUCAUACAAAAGCUUUAAAUUCUCAUAAAGUAUAUAAUCAUCAAGAAAUUGAUAAUUCACUUUCUUAUACUGAUGAAGAUGAUUAUGCAUCAAUUCCAUUAACAAUAUCUCAAACAGAUUCAAGUUCUAGUAAUCGUUUUCAAACAAUUGUUCCACCACUUCCACCUCCACGACAAAUUCUUGUAAAUCGUCCUGCAUCACAUUCAUCAACAAUAUCAACAUCAAUAACAAUACAAUCAAUGAAAACUCGAAAUUCUUCAUCAUUAGCAACAACACGUUCAUGUUUACAAAUAAAACUUGAUGUUCUAGUACUUUAUUCAAUAAAUGAUAGUGAAUAUAUACAUGAAUAUAUUGGUAAAAGAAUUGAAUAUAUGUAUGGAAAACGUUUUAGUUUUUAUUUUAUACAUCGUGAUAGAAUGUUAGGUGAACUUGAUUGGUUAAUAGAAAAUUCAUGUGUAACAAUAUUAAUUUUACGUAAACCGUAUAAUUUAAUACAUGAUUAUAUGAAAAUUUUAUCAACAUGUUCAACACUUAAAUGUUUUAUUAUACUUAUUAAUAAUGAAGAAAAUCAUCAAAUAACAUCAAUAAAAGUACGAGAAAAAAUAGCACGAUUAUAUCAAACAUCAGAUAUAUAUGAAUGGAAUGCAAAUCCAAAUUCACUUAUACAUGAACAAUUAGAAUUAUAUCUUGAGCAAAAUUGUGGUUCAGCUACUUAUGUUUCUGAUUAA